CAGCAGUCACCCUUGCGAUCUUCCUCUUCAACAUGCUUCCAGAGCGGGAAUUCAUGCGAAGCGAGAUCAUAUUCACCGGCUUGAAGCUCUUCACCACUGUCGGAUUCAUGAUUGUUUCCAUCUAUAUGGCCAUUCGAGGUUUUCCUGGCACAUCAAUCCGAGGAUUUCAUUAUUGGCAUGAGCCUGGCCCGUUUAGCGAGUACCUGGUGCCCGGAAACGGGGGUCGCGCUCUGGGCUUCCUCCAGUGUCUUCUCUACACGGUGAUUGCCUUCUCCUUCGUUCCGGAGUUGAUCGUGCAGAAGGUCGAGCGUCGUGAAGUGGAGAAUCCUUCAAGCAUCCUGCGGUCAACACGGCUUGCAAGCCUUCUGCUCUUCACGCUCUACACUGUCAGUGCCUUCAUGAUGACCUUUAUGAGUCCCUUCGACGAGCCUCUGUUGACGAACGAUGGCCUCGGGGCCGGAGCUUCACCCUUCGUCGUUGGUAUCGAUCAGACUGGCAUUCGCGCGCUAUCUAUACUUGCUCGGGCGAUGAUUUGCAUCUCUUCUGUUGCUUCUGGGCGCUCUUUUCUCCAUCAUUCAUCUCGCACACUCUGUGCCUUGGCGGAGACUGGCCAUGCCCCCACCCUUUUCACGGCUCGCAACCGACUGAGCGUGCCGUAUGUGGCCGUUGUUGCCUCCGCCUUGUUCUCGGUAUUUGGGUAUCUGUCGGUGUCGGUGUCCAGCUCAUCUGUGCACAACUCAUUGCUGUACUUCAUCACUACGUCUGGCUCCAUCUCAUGGCUCGGUGCCUGUCUCGUUUACAUCCGAUUCCGCCGACAGACAGCCGACGAAGGCUUUGUGCAGGUGUAUCAGUCCAGCAUCCAACCUUAUGGGGUGUACCUGGGUAUUGCGGGUUGCGCCGUGCUACCUAUCGCCAACAGCCUCCUCAUGGCCUUCCCCUCGCCACCCGCGGACGAAGCCCCUGCUCUGUCGGGACUGAAGAUCCGCAACGCGGUCCCCGUAUACACCAGCAUUGCCAUGUUCUGGAUGCUUUACUUGAGCCAUCGAUUCCGAACUUCCUUGACGCAGGGGUUCACCUCGUUUCGCACACUUCCCGACGAGCAGACGCAGAACAAAGCCCGCGCCCGUUUUGCUCGAUCAUCUGGACAGCGUGUGUGGUGGGAGAUGGCACGGUCAAGAAAGGAUGCUCCUCCUCACCAGGCUGAGGCCGGAUCUGCAAUGGGUCCAUGAGGGUAUUAAUGACGCUGAUCGAAGGACAUUAUUGCAGUGGUGAACUCGGCAUUCCGCCUCAUACCUUGUAUUAUCAUUAUCCUACUGUGUGUGGCAUUGAGAUUCAUUGUUUCAUUUUGUAUUCUUAGAAGGGCAACGGGCUUGUCAUAUACCUAUACCUACCUGAGGAUGUGUACUACUUGUAUUCUUGAAUCGCAGUUUCCAACUUGAUCUACUAUUUGUCUGCCACAUCCAGAGACGCCGAUGAUAAAUCAUCAUAUUGAGAGGGAAGUCCAUAGCUGCUAGUUGGGAGGCAACAAAGCCGGUAGGGUAAGCUUGGGGGAGCGGUGGUUUCGCCACGCGCGGGCUGGACAGACACCCGUCAGCCCCUACAGGUAAUGUAUUUUACCCGCUACGGUUGGUAAAUUAUUGUCAACCCUGCACCGCUCAGUCACCAUGGUCACUGCAACGCUAGAAAUUGUUC